AAGCUCCGGGAAGCUCCCCGAACACUCGAAAACACUAGCACGUGAUGUCACCGCAUCACAUCCAAGUCGAUCAGCGAUAUACUCCCCCACCUUUGACCAUUGCACCAGCUGACGGUGAUUUACGGUUCACGAUAUAAUGAUGCGAUGUCAGGGAGCGAUCUUGCUUCGGUAGUGCCGGCGCAACUAGCAUAUCUAACUAUAUACAACCCCCUCCUUGGACCGACCGACGAAACAAUACAGGACCAAAUCGUCUUCUACACUUCCAGACCGGAUCGACUGCCACGAAGCGAGCGCUCUACGACUGAAAAUGAAAACAAAGAAACCAAUGAUGGGUGGAACGUGAGACUGCGCCAGAUAGGACUGGCGCAGGGCAUGGUGAGCUUCGCCAGGAACUUUUCAAAAGGGCAGGCAGUCGACUACGUGGAGACAGACAAGUCACUUAUUGUGCUACAUGAACUCGAAAAGAAUUGGUGGAUCUUAGCUUCAAUUGACCUGACUCGGCUUCCAACCCACUCUUCCAGUGGACCUUCUUCGCAGCACGAUGCUUCAGAGGCUUCCUCUUCUCAUUACUCUUCACGAGAGAUGUGUCCUCCCCAUCAUCUGAUUCAGCAACUACGCCGAGCGCAUUCCAUUUUCCUUCUUCAUCAUGAUAUCACACUGAACGCUCUAUACGAACGUGUUGGCAGGUCCACACUCUGCCCCCUCCUAGAGAACUUCUGGUUGCGAUUUGCAUGGAACUGGGAUAUUCUUCUAAGUGGGAACCCUGCUGUGGAUGUGUAUAAUGGCAUAAAACUUUCUGCUGGCGGCGAACUGGGCAUUGGUGUCGGCGAGGAAGAGUGGGGAAGCGGGGAGAGGGAGGUGUUUGAAGACUUCGUGGCACGGACAGAUGGCCUUGUGGAUCUAGUGGUGUCUCGAUUUGGUGACCCGACUACGCCUGGUGAGUCUGCUGCAACCGCAAAUAAAUCAUCAGAUACCAUGCGCGAGGACGAUGGAACGCACUGGCUUGGCUUAGACACAUAUCCUCGACCAUCAGACGGUGUUAUAUUCUCAGGUGUAGGAACUAUCUCCAGGCCUUUUGUGGUGCGCAUCUCACAGUGGAUGGAGUGGAUCUACAGAUACGGCAUCGACGCGUAUGGGGUGGGUGAAGACCCAACUUCACCACGACGUCGAAAACACCGAAGGAGGCAACGAGGUCGCUCUGGAAGAGAUGCAAAUGCAAUACCACAAGCCAGAGAAACUCUCCAAUCUAGAGACACAGAUGGCAGUUUCUCUCCAGGUAUACCACGCCCACUGGUGAUGGGGACGACACAAUCAACGCAGCCUCCACAAGGGCCUGAUGGAGUAAACCUACAAUCUAGCGGUGAAAGCUCCCCAGCAAGAAGUGAGAAAGGCAGUGAUUGGAUGGGUGUGACAACUGGUGCAUUUGUGAAAUACCUCACGCUCGGAUACGGUUCGUCCUGGAGCAUGUCUAGGACACCUAGCGCACAUCCCCGCGUUGAAGCGUUGAAGCGAGAAGACGACUCAGCCAACUCGAACAAGCAGACAGGUCCGCCUACAGAUGGUCAGGAGGGAUCUGAAGAAAGUCCUUCUCUAUCUGAGGAUCCUCCCAAACCUGAAAGUCGUGGUAGAUUUCUCAUCGGUUUAAAAAAUGAGACAGCGAAGGGAGAUAGUAGGUCUUUGGAGACUGAUCCAACAAACAAGAAAUCAAAGGAUAGAAUAAGUCAGAGGACGUUACAUAUGUGCUUGGCAAACCCAUCAGAAGAUAACCCAUCAGGCACAAUACAACAACGAGCAGUAGUCUACAUACACAAACCUUUCAUCUAUACUUUUCUAUUCGACCCUCAAGCUUCGUCUCUGGCAGACCCAUCUCUCUAUCACAGUAUCCACCACCAACUACAACCUCUCCAAGGGUCACUCAACAAGUCGACAUCACCUGCAAACGCUGCAGCCAGAAUCUCCGUAUCUGGCAAUUCAUUUGAUAUCAAUCAACGAUUCUCAGCCGAGAAUCUACCGUUCUACGAUCUUGUCUACGACCCAACAAAUCUAACUAUCCGCUCUUCAAUCCCCAACAUCCCUGACCUCAGUUUCUCCUCUGUAGAAGCUCCGCGAGAUCCCAGCGCAACUCCCUGGUCGCGUGUCGAAAGCCUCAACAUCCACCACCGCCUACUGAGCACCUACAUAGAAACCCGAUCCCGGCCGCUCGAACUAGAAAGAACCUGCAAAACAAGUCGUGGCUGGUGGAUUGUUUGGGUACGAAUGUCCGACCCAUCAUACAAACCCACCAGUGACGAUAGUAGCACCUCUCAGCCCGACGACCCUCGCCAGGAGGCAUUCCUAAUCCGGAAGGCAAGUGACCAUGUCUCGACGUCUUCGCACGCUCGCAGCCAUAGCGGGACUCGGUUCUUCAGGGAUCUGGGCGGUGCGUCUUCGCCGGGACUAUCGGAUAUGGGGCCGGCCAAGUUGGCUGAGGGGUUGGGGCUGGAUGCAAGGCGCUAUAUUGAAAGUUUACUCAAUCUGAACCGAUGAUUCUAUGAAAAGGUACACUCUUUUUCGGUGACGAUUGGCUUUUUUAUUUUUAUUUUCUCUUUAUUUUCGAGGGACGUGGAGGGUGUAAUAUUGAAAUUAAUACUCCGUAACGA